AUGGAUAUGCAGUUCCCCGUUUUACCUAAGGAUGAGUUCGUCCUAUAUGCUACCGUUUGUGCCGUGCGGAAUGGUGGUGAUGAAGUUGGACGUCAUCUUCUUGGCCGUCUCAAAUUGACACUCAACGAGCCGGGAACUCCAGGUUAUGUUACCUCGCGCGGCAAUAUCAAUCCGGAUACUUUCCAUGUCUACGAGAAAUAUACCGGCCGUGAGGCUUUGAGAAGCAUAUUGCUAGCCAGGAAUUCAAGAACUUCGCGGCCUCCGGGCUGCUCGUUGGGCCACCUGCACCGAAGCCCCUGA